AUAUUCUCCAGACCUCCAGACAGGAAACAGGUGGGGGCUCUGCCAUGGAUCAGUGGGAGGAGACGGAGGAGGGAGCCCCCCUGUGUGGGGAACAUGAGACUCAGACCAAAGCUCAGAGGCCAGAGCAGCAGCAGAGACCAGACUCUCCUGGACCUGGACCUGAACCCAGCUGUGUGUCCAUCAAGAGCCACCAGUCCAUGGAUCCAUCUUUGCUGUCUGAAGGAGAACUUCCCUCUGAAACUCACGUUCUUCAGCAGAGACCAGACUCUCCUGUACCCAGCUGUGUGUCCAUGAAGAGUGAGAGGUCCAUGUCGAAAUCUCUUGACUUCAGAGAUGAUCACCACUCUACUGGAGAACGCGUUCUUCAGCAGAGACCAGACUCUCCUGUACCCAGCUGUGUGUCCAUGAAGAGUGAGAGGUCCAUGUCGAAAUCUCUUAACUUCAGAGAUGAUCACCACUCUACUGAAGAACGAGUUCAGCAGCAAAGCUUAGAGUUUCUCCAUGGUCAGUCUGCACAGCAGCAUCUGGCAGACCUGGACUCUGUAUUUAUGGACUGUUAUUCUUUUCCAACUGAGCUGAAGAAGUUCCAGAAGGUUCUGAGUCCAGAUUACCCAGAAUGCUGGAGGAGGCAGAAUGGGGAUAAGGAAGAGGGAGAGCAGAGCACCAGAGAAGCAUUUCUGGAGAUCACCUUAUACUUCCUGAGGAGAAUGAAGCAGGAUGAUCUGGCUGAAAGUCUGCAGAGAACUACUGCUGCAGUUUGUCAACGUCAACUCAAAUCUAGCCUGAAGAAGAAGUUCCAGUGUGUGUUUGAGGGGAUCGCUAAAGCAGGAAACCCAACCCUUCUGAACCAGAUCUACACAGAGCUCUACAUCACAGAGGGAGGGACUGGAGAGGUCAAUGAUGAACAUGAGGUCAGACAGAUUGAAACAGCAUCCAGGAAACCAGUCAGACCAGAAACAACCAUCAGACAAGAAGACAUCUUUAAAGCCUCACCUGGAAGAGACGGACCAAUCAGAACAGUGAUGACAAAGGGAGUGGCUGGCAUUGGGAAAACAGUCUUAACACAGAAGUUCACUCUGGACUGGGCUGAAGACAAAGCCAACCAGGACAUACAGUUCACAUUUCCAUUCACCUUCAGAGAGCUGAAUUUGCUGAAAGAGAGAAAGUUCAGCUUGGUGGAACUUGUUCAUCACUUCUUUACUGAAACCAAAGAAGCAGGAAUCUGCAGGUUUGAUCAGUUCCAGGUCGUGUUCAUCUUUGACGGUCUGGAUGAGUGUCGACUUCCUCUGGACUUCCACAACACUGAGAUCCUGACUGAUGUUACAGAGUCCACCUCAGUGGACGUGCUGCUGACAAACCUCAUCAGGGGGAAACUGCUUCCCUCUGCUCGCCUCUGGAUAACCACACGACCUGCAGCAGCCAAUCAGAUCCCUCCUGAGUGUGUUGACAUGGUGACAGAGGUCAGAGGGUUCACUGACCCACAGAAGGAGGAGUACUUCAGGAAGAGGUUCAGAGAUGAGGAGCAGGCCAGCAGCAUCAUCUCCCACAUCAAGACAUCACGAAGCCUCCACAUCAUGUGCCACAUCCCAGUCUUCUGCUGGAUCACUGCUACAGUUCUGGAGGAGGUGUUGAAAACCAGAGAGGGAGGAGAGCUGCCCAAGACCCUGACUGAGAUGUACAUCCACUUCCUGGUGGUUCAGUCCAAACUGAAGAAGGUCAAGUAUGAUGGAGGAUCUGAGACAGAUCCACACUGGAGUCCAGAGAGCAGGAAGAUGAUUGAGUCUCUGGGAAAACUGGCUUUUGAGCAGCUGCAGAAAGGAAACCUGAUCUUCUAUGAAUCAGACCUGACAGAGUGUGGCAUCGAUAUCAGAGCAGCCUCAGAGUACUCAGGAGUGUUCACACAGAUCUUUAAAGAGGAGAGAGGCCUGUACCAGGACAAGGUGUUCUGCUUCGUCCAUCUGAGUGUUCAGGAGUUUCUGGCUGCUCUUCAUGUCCAUCUGACCUUCAUCAACUCUGGAGUCAAUCUGCUGUCAGAAGAACAAUCAACCUCCUGGUGGUCUAAACUGUUCAGAAACAAACCUGAACCAACACUCUUCUACCAGAGAGCUGUGGACGAGGCCUUACAGAGUCCAAAUGGACACCUGGACUUGUUCCUUCGCUUCCUCCUGGGUCUUUCACUGCAGACCAAUCAGACUCUCCUACGAGGUCUGAUGACACAGACAGGAAGUGGCUCACAGACCAAUCAGGAAACAGUGAACUACAUCAAGAAGGAGAUCAAUGAGAAUCCGUUUCCAGAGAGAAGCAUCAACCUGUUCCACUGUCUGAAUGAACUGAAUGAUCGUUCUCUAGUGGAGCAGAUCCAACAGUCCCUGAGAUCAGGACGUCUCUCCACAGAUAAACUGUCUCCUGCUCAAUGGUCAGCUCUGGUCUUCAUCUUACUGUCCUCGGAAGAAGAUCUGGACGUGUUUGACCUGAACAAAUACUCUGGUUCAGAGGAGGCUCUUCUGAGGCUGCUGCCAGUGGUCAAAGCCUCCAACAAAGCUGUGCUGAGUGGCUGUAAUCUGUCAGAGAGAAGCUGUGGAGCUCUGAGCUCAGUUCUCAGCUCCCAGUCCUCUAGACUGAGAGAACUGGACCUGAGUAACAACAACCUGCAGGAUUCAGGAAUGAAGCUGCUCUCUGCUGGACUGAAGAGUACAAACUGUACACUAAAGACUGUCAGAUUAAGUCAAACUGGGCUCACAAAGAAAUGCUGUCAGGGUCUCUCAGCAGUUCUCAGCUCCAAGUCCUCUAGUCUGAGGGAGCUGGACCUGAGUAACAACAAACUGCAAGAUUCAGGCUUGAAGCUGCUAUCUACUGGACUGGAGAGUUCACAUUGCACGCUGGAGACUCUCAGGUUGAAUGGCUGUAAUCUGUCAGAGAGAAGCAGUGAAGCUCUGUCGUCAGUUCUCGGCUCCCAGUCCUCUAGACUGAGAGAACUGGACCUGAGUAAGAACAGCUUGCAGGAUUCAGGGGUGAAGCUGCUCUCUGCUGGACUUAAGCACUCAUACUGUAAACUGGAAGUUCUCAGGUUGCGUCAAACCGGGAUCACAAAGAAAAGCCUUCAGGAGUUGUCAUUGUUUCUCAAAUCCCAGUCCUCUUGUCUGAGAGACCUGGACGUGAGUUACAAAGACCUGCUGGAUUCAGGAACGGAAAUUCCCAGAAGAGUAGGAGUAUUUGUGGACUAUCCAGCUGGCACACUGUCCUUCUACAGGGUCUCCUCUAACACACGGCUCCUCCUCCACACCGUCAACACCACAUUCACUCAACCUCUUUACCCUGGGUUGUCUCAAACCAGACUGACAGAUGAUGGCUGUGAGCAGAUCUCAUCAGUUCUCAGAUCCCAGUCCUUUAGACUGAGAGAACUGGACCCGAGUAAUAACGACCUGCAGGAUUCAGAUUUGAAACUGCUCUUUCCUGGACUGAAAAGUCCAAACUGUAAACUGGAGACUCUCAGGUUGAGUGGCUGUAAUCUGUCAGAGAGAAGCUGUGAAGCUCUGGCCUCAGUUCUCAGCUCCCAGUCCUUUAGACUUAGAGAACUGGACCUGAGUAACAACAACCUGCAGGAUUCAGGGGUGAAGCUGCUGUCUGCUGGUCUGAAGAGUCCACACUGUGCACUGGAGACUCUCAGGGUGUCAGGCUGUCUUGUCACUGAGGAAGGUUGUUCUUCUCUGGUCUCGGCUCUAAGGUCCAACCCCUCCCAUCUGAGAGAGCUGGACCUGAGCUACAAUCAUCCAGGAGACUCAGGAGUGAAGCUGCUGUCUGCAGAACUGGAGGAUCCACAGUGUAGACUAGAGACUUUCAGGUAUGAACAGACAUUAACAUCAACUCUCGACGCCUGUGAACUCACACUGGACACAAACACAGUGAACAAAAACCUCAAACUGUUUGACAACAACCAGACGGUGACAACAGUAAAGGAGCAACAGCCGUAUCCUGAUCAUCCGCACAGGUUUGCCAACUGGCAGCUGCUGCGUGAAGAUGGUCUGACUGGUCGCCACUACUGGGAGGUGGAGUGGACAGGAAAGGUUGAUGUAGCAGUGGCUUAUAGAAACAACAGAAGGAGAGGAUGCAGGGAUCACUGCAAAUUUGGAGUGAACGGUCGGUCCUGGAGUCUCCUCUGCUCUGAUGGUGAUCGUUACACUGUGUGGCACAAUAACAGAAGAACAGACCUCCCUCCUUCCUCCUCCUCCCCCCCCCCCUCUGUCUCUAACAGAGUAGCAGUGUAUGUGGACUGUCCUACUGGCUCUCUGUCCUUCUACAGAGUCUCCUCUGACUCGCUGAUCCACCUCCACACCUUCAGCACCACCUUCACUCAACCUGUCUAUCCUGCAUCUGGGUUCUGGGGCUUUGGUUCGUCAGUGUCUCUGUGUUCACCGGAGGAAGCUGGUUCUCUUGUUUAG